AUGCCCACUACGGCAACCGACACCGACGAAAACAUCAAAAUCACAAACACCGUCACCUUCGGUCUCUCCAAGAACUUAUCCAUUCCGGUAUCGCUAAAGCUAUGCUACCUCCAGGCAGCGCCCGGAACCCAACCCGGCGUGGUUCGCAGUUCCGAGAAGUAUAGAAACCCAGAGUGUUUCCAGAAACUCAGUCUGAUUUCCGCCAACUCCGAUCUCUAUGUAGUUCUAGAGGUCUUUGAUGGAAACGAUAAUCUAGUGGUAGAACCUGUGCAAUCUUCAUACAAGGCAUUUGCCAAUAAUCGGCGUGUGUGGGAUACGUAUAUGAAGCUAGGCGUUAAUUUCAAUCAGAUGGACUAUGGCGCAUACCUUCGCUUUACGGUGAUGGAGAUUGUUUCCACUGAACCUGUAGUAUUUGGCCUGGGAACGUUAUCUCUUUUCAACCACAAGGAUGGACUGCUCAGAAAGGGCUCCUAUAAAGUUGCAGUUGAUACUCUGCAGACCCCUGAACUAGGCUCGGUGAUUUAUGGUGAUUUGAACAAUAUGACAGAGGCAGAAUCAAACUUGGUCAAGUACGAAAACGGCCAGUUCACACGGAACGAGUGGCUUGAUGCCAUGGCGUUGCCCAUGGUCGAGAAAGCGCGCCAGGCUGAAUUGGCUGCGUCCUCGUUGCGUGCUCAACUGCUGCUGCUGCUGCCCUCUGCAUCCCACUACCUCUACGUAGAACUCCCUAACUUCCUGCUUCCCAUUGUGUAUCUGGACGAGACAUAUCCACUGACUGUUGUGGUGCCUCUGAUUUCUUUUGCUGUGGAUAAGCCAGGCAUAGAUGCUCGCGCGGCGAACGAGGGCGCCAUGAUUGUCAACAGCAUUGAUAUCCCUACAGUUCCGCUCCCGAAGCUAUACGAUCCAGAUUUCCACAACGCUUUGCUUACUCGCUACAAUGCAUCACAAGAAGAGUCUCUACCAUCAGCCGCCGGGCUGUCUGCAUUAGGCACCUCUGGAGUCGACCCUAUCGAACGCAAGUUUCAGAAGUUGGCCACCAAUAUUAACAAUAAUUCUGUUCUCGAUAAAGAGGUCAAGCCGUCUCCACACAUGAGGGAUGAGCUUGUGAAGAUUCUCAACAUGCCUUCUAGCGCUCUGCUUUCAGAUCAUGAGAAAAAGAUCUUGUGGAAGUUCCGCUACUUUUUCUCCAAAGGUAGUUUGUCUGACGAGCUGGGCAAUACGUCUGCACCGCUGACAUCCACAAGGCAAUAUCUUGUCAAAUUCCUCAAGUCUUUCAAUUGGGAGAAUGAAUAUGAGCUCGACCAUGCGUUCACCGAAAUCGUGCCCCUCUGGACUGUGGACUCCAUUGAUAUCGGCGAUGCGCUCGAGCUCUUGAGCAACAAUUUCAACCCACAGACGCUCACUAUGUCCUUGCGUCGCCGUAUAAUUGAUACCACAAACUCGAACGUGAAGGAUAUUAACACAUCCGAGGAGAAGAAAAUCGAAAAGAUAUUUCGUUAUGCCAAGCGGCUCCGCUCUUUUGCGGUGGAUCGUCUCCGUAUGGCUAGUGCUGAUGAGCUUUUGUUAUACUUGUUGCAACUUGUUCAGGCAUUGAAAAAUGAACCUCUACUGGCAAAAGGCGAUCCAUUGGCGGAAGCGCCUUUGGCGCGCUUCUUAAUUGAAAAGUCAGUACAAAGUAACCAGCUCGGCAACUUCUUCUAUUGGUAUGUGAAGGUAGAAAACGAGGAUCAGCUCAAUUCUACUACAGGAGGAGCAGUACCAGCCAAACCUAAUGAUGGGUCAAUAUACAAUGUGGUAUUGAAUCUGUAUAUUGAAAAACUAAAGGAUUCUUCCUCAAAAACCAAAUCAAACUCUUACAAGUACUUGAAGCGCCAGAUUCACUUUAUAAAGCAGCUUACAAAGUUAGUUGAGCUCCUACGCUCAACAUUUCGCAAGAAUGAAGCCACCAGCCGCAAAAAACAAUUUUUACAGGACUAUUUGGCAGAUGGCUCACAUGAUCUCCUCAAAUUCGAUCCAUUCCCACUUCCUUUGGAUCCCUCCAUCAUCAUAUGCGGUUGCUAUCCAUCAGAGUGUUCUGUAUUCAAAAGUUCCUUGUCUCCUUUGAAAAUCACUUUCAAGACUAUUAUUAAUCAUCAUCAGGGAUCUACUUCCGGAUCAAUGAUAUUUGGAGGCAAGAAGCACAAGUACGGAAAAUAUGCGCUCAUGUUCAAGAUUGGUGAUGACCUUCGCCAGGACCAAUUGGUAAUUCAAAUCAUUACCCUUAUGGACCAACUUUUGAAAAAUGAGAAUUUGAAUUUGAAACUCACGCCUUACAAGAUUUUGGCCACGAGUCCCAUUGCUGGACUAAUUCAAUUUGUUCCCAAUGAUACUUUGGACUCGGUUUUGUCUAAGAGCUAUGCAGAAAAUGGAGUGAAUGUUUUCAAACGAGCUGCUCUGCCUAUAGACUCUGCCGAACCAAUAGCAAACGGUAUUUUGAGUUUCUUACAAUUCCAUAGUCAUGUCCCACAACAAGAGGACUCUGGAAGCGAAAUUUAUAGCUACGAGGAUCCACAAAGAAACCCUCAUGCAAUUGCAACUGAUCUUGGUGUUUCGCCAGUCUUGAUGGACAAUUAUGUCAAAUCUUGCGCUGGUUACUGUGUUAUCACGUAUCUAUUGGGAGUGGGAGACAGACAUCUCGAUAAUCUUCUUCUCUCGCCAAACGGAAAAUUUUGGCACGCAGACUUUGGAUAUAUUUUGGGCAGAGACCCAAAACCUUUUCCGCCCUUAAUGAAGCUUCCUAUCCAGGUCAUAGACGGAAUGGGGGGAAUGAACCACGAGAACUUCAACAUAUUCAAAAGCUACUGUUUUAUCACCUACACCACACUCCGGCGGAACAGCAAUUUGAUUCUCAAUCUAUUUCAGCUAAUGCUCAAUGCGAAUAUACCCGAUAUACAGAUUGACCCGAAGCGAGCCGUCUCGAAGGUCCAAGAUAAGUUUGCUCUUGAAAUGAGUGAGGAAGAAGCCAUUUUGCAUUUCCAGAAUUUGAUCAUAGACAGUGUUCACGCUUUCUUGCCUGUUGUCAUCGAUACCCUUCACAGUUUGGCGCAAUAUUGGCGAGCCUAG